AUGGCGAAAAGAAGUCGUUUAUCAGGUUCGGAGAUUGAGAAGCUGCUUUUAGAAAGUGACAAUUUCAGUGACAGUUCUGAAAGUUUUCAAGAUACAAAAGUUGAGGCUAGUGAAAGUGACUUCGAUCCAGAAACAUUUGACGACGAGACACUACUGCAGCAGACAGUACCUAGUGAAUUUGUGCGUGCUAGUUCAGUUCGUAUUCAAUAUUUGUUCAGUGGUUUAAAUACUUUAGACUGGGGAAAAAAUGGUUUAGCAUCAUCACUGGGUGAUGCCAUUUUUAUAUGGAAUGGAUCAAAAGAGAUUCAGAAAAUUACAGCUUUUGACGAAACAAAUCGAGAAAUGUUUGCCACAGCACUGAAGUGGAAUAAGAGCGGUAAUCAUCUCGCAAUAGGAAUAGAGAGAUCCUGUAUUCAGUGUUCUGGGUCUAAUGUACAUUUCUACAAGAAAAAUUGCAACAUUCGUUUUGGUGGUGGUGGUGGUGGUGGUGGUGGUGGUGGUGGUGGAGGUGGAGGGAUGAGUCUUUUCGAUGACAACUUCCUUCUUUCAGAUAUACAGGGUGUUACAAAAAGUCCAAAGACGCAGUUCCUCCACAUACUGGAUACAAAAUCUUAUGAAGGAAAAGUCAGUUCAGUCUCUUGUAAGUCAAAGUACUGGAUACCACCGCCGCCACCGCCGCCUCCGCCACCGCCGCCUCCGCCGCCGCCUCCGCCACCUCCGCCGCCGCCACCACCUCCGCCACAAAGUCGUAAUCCAAGGAGGAUAAAAAACAUUGCGAAUGAAAGGACUUCAUAUGCAUGGCAUCCAUGGGAUUCAUCACUGAUUGUAACAGCAGGUAUCACAAGUGAAGGUGACUUGUAUCUUUGGAACAUUGAAAAAGUCAGUAUUGUAGCAAAAUACACAGCUGGAGAUGGAUGUCUAUCAAAGGUUAUAGCCUUAACUUGGAGUCCUGUUACUGCUGAACUUGUAGUGAGCAUGCAAGUAAAUCGUAAUUCAAAUGAUGCAGAUGUUGUCUGGAAGACUGAAAUAUUGGUACUUGCUAGUCUUACUAAGGUUGUCGACAAACUUGACAUGGAAGGUACUCACUGUCAUAGUCCAUACCUUUUGUGGAGUCCUGAUGGACAUGACAUUGCCACUGCCAGCUCUGAUGAGACACUGCGAAUCUGGAAUUUUCUUGGUGUGGAAAAAAGGAGAUGCCCAUUCCCAGCUCAUAAGAAACUAUUUAAAAAGCCUAGAUUAAAUAUCAGAAGCUAUUGUCUUACACCUUUUAAUUAUAUUAGCUGUAUUAUUCGCUGA